ACUGUUCUAAACAUCUGUGUAGUUUGGAAUUUUUCUAUUAUGUUCAUUAAUGAAAACUGCCAAUCUACAAAUUUGCAUUUAAAGUUUUUAUGGUUAUGUUAUCUGGUAAAUUGUAUGUUGUGAUGCACUAUAAAGUUUGUCUCUCUGUCAGUGCCCAUUUGUGUGGCUACUGGGGAGAGAUUUGUGAUUUAAAAAAAAAAAAAAAAAAAAAACAUUCCCCCCUCUCCCCCAAUUUCAUGAUGGUUGCUGUCCUCAAGAUGGCGGUGGUGACGCCUUGGAGAAACGUGUUUAUCAGGGUGGCAGCACAAUGUUUUAACGUCUCCUAGCAACGCAAACAUGGACAACGCUUCGUUUCCCCGUAUUCAUGUGGAGAGAACCUUGGCGCUCAUAAAGCCAGAUGCAAUUAAGAAAAGUGAGGAGAUUGAGGACAUCAUUCUGAGAAAGGGCUUCUCUAUUUUGCAGAAGAGGAAACUGCAGAUGACUCCAGAACAGUGCAGUGACUUCUAUACAGAACAUUAUGGAAAACUCAACUUUCCAAGCUUGACUGCCUACAUGAGCUCUGGUCCAGUCAUUGCCUUGACUCUGGCCCGGGACAAUGCAAUAGCCUACUGGAAAUCCAUCAUUGGACCUCCUAAGGUCACAAAAACUAUGGAAUGCCUUCGAGCAAAAUACGGCACGUCUGAUCUUCAGAACGCUCUCCAUGGCAGCAAGUCAUUUCACGCUGCUGCCCGAGAAAUCAAAUUCAUGUUCCCCACCACUAUGAUUGAGCCGUUUCCCACAAAAGAAGAAACCGAAGAAUACCUGAGUCGAUACGUGAAACAAACAUUGCUACAUGGACUCACUGAGCUCUGUAAGCACAAACCACUCAACCCCUGUGUUUGGCUUGCUGACUGGCUCAUCAAAAACAAUCCAAACGGGCCUCAAAUAUGCGAUGGAGUUGUAGAACAAGCAAAAUGACUGAUGACUGAAAACGGUAGUACAAAACAAUAGCUCAUUUGAUUUGGGCUCAUAUUGUUCACAACAUAUAACCUUUAUGAACUGUACAUGCAAUUUUUCAAGUCACGUUUUGGGCUAUCUAUCAUAAAAAAAAAUAGCAUGCAUACUGUCCAUACUAUAAAUUAAGAUAUAGCAGCCUAAUAUGCCAACCAAAAACGCAUGAGCUCUUAUGUUGUACUUCUGAACAUGAAUCACUUUUUCACCUCAUGCUUUUGCUUGUUCUGAAACCUUUAGAAAAGACAGAAAUUGUUUUAUCUGUGAACAUGCUAUAGUAAAAAGAGUUUCUAUAAAUGUAUUGUUUUUGUCGUUGCAUGACAUUGGCCUAUUAAAAAUGAAUGCUGUGAAUAUCAUUGAGUUGUUUAAUCCUGUUUACAUAACAGGAGGACUUUUGAAAAUGUAGCUUUGGAGUGGACUAUGACUUGUGGGGUUGU